CCUGUUUAAACAUUAAGCUACUGUGAUCUCUUCAAGAAGGCGGGGUCUGCCCUUCACUUUAAGUGGCCUCUUCGCACUGGACCUUGUCCCCAGAACGCCAAGCCAGCCAUGAAGCAGAAGGAAGGACUUCCAGAGGCCACGGAGUUAACCCCGAGAUUUGAAUUUAACCCGAAAAAUGGGAUCGACAACCCAGCCCUGUCGUUGGCGGAGGACUCCGAGCCAGAAGGAACUGUGCAGGUGCGCUUCUGCUUUCUGAAGAAAGAGGAGGGCGAGAGCUUCGGCUUCUGGCUGCGGCAAGAAGCGGGCAACAGCGGUCAUCUCAUACGGCAAGUGAAGCCAGGGGGCCUGGCCCACCGCAAAGGGCUAAGAGAAGGUGACCGGAUUCUCGAAGUGAACAGAGAAUAUGUGGAUGACAUGGAGCAUCUCAGGGUGGUGUGGAAGAUCCGGAGCAGCGGCAUGCAGAUCUUGCUGACCAUUCUGGAUGGAAAUGCCUACUCCCUGGCCAAAGCCCUUGGCCGGAACUUGAUUCAGCUCUUGCCCUCUUACCACCGGCCGCGAUUGUGCUGUGUGGCCAAGGACCAAAACGGUUUUGGCUUCGCUGUUUCUGCUCCAGAAGGUGUGAAAGGUGUCUUCCGAGUAUCUGUGGUGAGCCAUGGGCCAGCUGACCAGGCAGGGGUGCCGGACGGUGCGUGGCUUCUGGAGCUCAACGGAAUGAGCGUGAAGAAUUGGACUUAUGCCAGGCUGAGCAAAAAGCUCAAGCAGAGCAGCAGCCCCAUGGGACUCCUCGUGAUAGACGCCGAGUCAGAGGAGUUCUACCGACAGCAUAACAUCAAAAUCACGGCCUCCCUGGCCGACAACUUGUGGCUUCCCUUUGAAGUGCGGAAGUUGCAGAUGACCAGAGGGCCAGAUGGCUAUGGGUUCCUGCUGAAGGAAGAAGAAUGUGGCUCAGGAAAGAAGGGCCAGUUUCUGAGGGAGCUGGAUGCCGGCCUGCCGGCCGAGAAGGCAGGGAUGAGGGACGGCGAUCAACUCCUGGGCGUGAACGGAGAGAGCGUCGAAGGCCUCAGUCACCACAGAAUGGUGUCUAAGAUCCUCGCCGACAGCAAGCGGGUGACGCUGCUGGUCAUUGAUUCAGAAGGGAGCCAGUUCUUUGACUUGGUUGGACUGUCACCUCUUGUUUUCUACGAUAACCAAGAUGCUUUGCCAGGAAUGCCUGACACCCGUGGCUCCUCUUCUUCCAACAUGCUUCAAGAAAGCUGCCUCUCCACUUUUGCUCCUUGUCCUCCUGAUAUGGACCUCCCUUGUCAUGCCUGGCUGCCCAGAGACGGCUCACAGGACUUCUCCAAAGAGGGGCAGGAUGGAUUAAGCCAGCCCUUCUAGGACCUGCUGCUCGUUCAUCACUACCACCAGCACAGCCGAGUCCCAGCUCAGCACAGACUCCUGAUGGGAUGACUAAUGCCCG